CCUCUCUGCUCAGCGCACGAUGUGUCACUCUCGAAGCUCCCUCCCAACCAUGACUGUCCUGCAGGCCCCGACCCCCGUCCCCUCCAACAGCCCGGGAUCCCGGAGGGGCUCAGGACCGGAGAUCUUCACGUUCGACCCCCUCCCGGAGCCAGCGAUAGCCCCAGCCGCGCGCCCCAGCAUCUCACGCGGGCUCCGGAAGCGCAGCCGUAGGGUCCUCUACCCCAGAGUGGUGCGGCGCCAGCUGCCAGCCGAGGAUCCGAAUCCCGCCAAAAGGCUCCUCUUUAUCCUGCUUACCAUCAUCUUCUGCCAGAUCCUGAUGGCUGAAGAAGGUGUGUCGGCGCCUCUGGCCGGGGAAGACGACUCCAGCCCCGCGACCCCAGCGCCCACCCCAGAGCCCCCGGUCUUCGAGCCGCUAAAUCUGACCUCGGAGCCCUCGGACUAUUCUCUGGACUUCAGCACUUUCCUCCAGCAACACCCGGCCGCCUUCUAACCGUAACUCCUCACACUCCCCAGAAAAAAUCUGAAACAAAGAAACACCAGGAGUUGCUGGUGGGCGCGAGCGUACCCCAAACUGGGACUCCGGAGGCACCUCAAACUCGGAACACUACAGGAACACGCCGGCGGCGCCCUGGGAGCACCCUGCCCGGGCUGGGCCGGUGGGGAAGCAGGGCCGCUUUAAAUUAUUUUCAUUGCUCCUAAUUAAUAUUUAAAUGUAUUUAUGUAUACCUCAGGAGACGGAGGGGUGUAUGUAAUAUUUAUUUUAACUUAUGCAGUGGUGCGAGAUGUGCUCCUCUCUGUUGAUACGGAUCGCUUGUUAUUUAUUGAGCUUUGUAGGCUAGGUGGAGGGAGGGCGCCUAAAAAUAAGGGAGACUGGAAGGGGGACCCGGGUCCGAAAGGGCGCCCGGGCCGGGAGGCAAGGUCGGUAGUGGGUUGUAGGCUUAGGGGGUGACACCCGCGGUCCUCCCAGCAUCUCAACCCCGCGGAUCUGCUGAGACUUCGGCAAUAAUAUCCUUAAUAAUAUCCUUGGCCCUGGAGUUCGUCGAAGUUGCCCCAAGCAGCAGCCACGGAGUCUAGGGUUGGUGGGCUGUCUAGGGGCGGCUGUAGGGCCGUCCGGUAUGUUCUAUGAACACAAAUAAACUCGAUUUACUUCUAACACUCACUUGCGUGUUAUCUUUUCAGUGGCGAUUCUCCGAUCCC